AUGGGAUAUAAAUAUGUGUGCAUGCGACUGAAUUUGAAUGCUAAAGCCGAAGGGUUCUACGGAAUGUUCAACGACUUUGGAGCCAGUGUCUUCACAGUGUAUUUGGCAGCGUCCGAAGAAGGAUGGGUCUACGUGCUGUAUGACUGCAUGGAUUCUUUGCCAUCUCACCUGGCGUUCAUCUACUUUCUGACUCUAAUAUUUUUCCUCGCUUGGCUAGUCAAG